UCUUCACUCCUGUAUAUACAUUGCAAUACAUUGAUAGAUUGUUAUUGUUGUUUAUUGUUUAUACAUAUUUCAUGGAGGUAUAUCAUAAAACUCCAUGACAUAUUUCUAUUUACAUAGUCUAUUUACUGAUAUUUACGUAGCCUUUUUGUGUCCCAGAAACCGUAAUAACUCGAAAAACCUCCCUGUGAAUUGGACUAUAUUAUAGACAUAAACAAAUUAACACACAAGUUAAAAUUAACUUCUUCGAAGUAUGAAAAAAUCUCAAAUUGAAACAAAGCCGAGUACACCUGAUCGUAGAGAUGGUGUUCGAGUUCAAAAUCGUUUGCAAACAAAAACUAAGCCUGCGAUAGCGUCAACUAAAGAAUCUCAAGUUUUCGGUGCACAAUUGAACAAGCGCACAUGCAUUUCUACCAGAAUAUCGUUAGCGCAAAAUCAAAGUGAAGUACCUAAACAGAAUGAAUCAGAUAACAGUACGGUACUUAACAUGUUGUUCGAUAAAUAUGUUCAGACUACAAUAGAAUCACUAAUAGUUGAAAAAAAGGCUGAUCUUAAAGAAAAAGAACUACUUGUUGGAGUAGCUUCUUUAGCUAGAGAAAAUGAGAAUAAUGAACUGAAACUCAAUGAACUUAAAAUUCGAAAAUCUGAAAUAAAGAUUUUAGAUGGAAUUCAGAAAAGUUUGGAUAAACAAAUCGCUGAUAUCACAAUUUCGUUAAAUCUUUUUGAUGAUAAAACCGAAACUUCAUUACAUCAAAUUUUAUUGUCACUCAACGACUUAGAUCACUUGAGUUGUAAUAACUUGAAUGUACCCCACACUGAUGAAGAUGUAGAGCAUUUCCAAUUUGCUUUACAAAAAUCAAUCGAAUCGGUGGAAAAACUAGCUCACAUAAUAGGUAGAAAAAGUUCAGCCAUAGCUGUAGGAAGCGAUGGUCUUGGAAUAUUUAUAAACACUCGUGAUAAACUGAUAAAACAACUUAAAAUAUUGGAUUGUUGCCUGCGAAAUCUUCAACUUAAGAUUUUAACAAAGACAUCUCAUAAUUUAGUGUAUCAUCAAUUACAAUGAAACAUUUAAUAACUAUUAUACAAUAUCUAUAAAAAUUUUAUUACAAUAAUAAUACACUUUUCUAAUAAAUCAGA